CCGAAAGCUCACGAGGACUUAUAUGUGCCAUCAGUGCUGAAUUAACUCGUGUGGAUGAGAGACACGUUCUCCUGACGAACUACAGGGUUGGCAUAUGAUGAUGAUUAUGCUGAGCCUAUGGGACUUGGAUGGACAUACGUAUAGACAUACUAAAAUAUUCAGGAAGGUGUAACCAUGUUUUGUACAAGAGAACACUGCUUGCAGUUUGUCUACAGUAUGACCGUAAGCAGAAACCAUAACCAGAAGGCUUUUCUGCUGCUGUGUGUGUGGCUGCUGUGGAUGCAGCCAGUGUCCAGCGGCAACCAAAGCUCUCGAGGACAAACUGGUCGCUUUGAGAUUAAGCCUGGUACUUGUGAAGUGGUGGCAGCUCAUCGUUGCUGUAAUAAGAAUAAAAUCGAGGAAAGAUCACAGACUGUGAAGUGCUCCUGUCUGCCUGGACAGGUUGCUGGGACCACCUAUGCUAAACCCUCAUGUGUGGAUGCAUCUGUCGUUCGGUUGAAGUGGUGGUGUCAGAUGGAGCCCUGUUUAACAAGUGAGGAGUGUAAAGUGUUGCCUGACCUCACCGGCUGGUCCUGCAGCUCUGGGAACAAAAUCAAAAUUACCAAGGUCACACGGUAGAUGAAAUCUGCACCUCAGACCUUGGACAUGUGAUGACAGCUCAUAAUUUCACAGAAGCAAUUUUUAUAAUGAAAUGCAAACGUCAAGAAAAUUGCUGCUGAAGGCAGAAACAUGCAAAGUGUCGGCUAAAAAUGUGAGAGUGCAAAUGUUGAGAAGGGUCGGAUUCAGAAAGAUCAUAAAAUGUCAGGUCUGUCUAUCUGUUUUGAGUACAGGAUGACUUGAGACCUUUUUCACUUCAAGGCCCCCCUAUUACCCACAACAAAAAUUGAAAGCUCCCCCACUCACUUAAAGGUGCAAUGUAGGAAAUAUCUUGACAGAAAUGCAAUACAAUAUACAUAACUAUAUUAUCAGUGGUCUAUAAAGACCCUACAAAAUGAACUGUAUUGUUUUAAUAUCUUAGAAUGAGCCGAUUUAUCUAUGUACACUGUGGGUCGCUAUUUCAUUGCAUCAUGUUGCUACAGUAGCCCUAAAUGGACAAACUGUUCCUUAAAUCUUGUUUCGUUACUAAAUUAUCUCAGACGAUGACGUCUUUGUCCUGUGGCAGCUACUGCAGCUUCAUUAUGCUUUUCGAAAAGGGGGGUGAGUUGUAGACUGAGCCAUUGGUUGCAAUUCACAAGCUGUGUCCCAAUUCGAAGGCUGCGACCUGCUUAGGACGUAUUUUAAGACCGAUUGCAUCACAGCAGGCGACUUAAGGCUAGUAAGGCCAUCCCAAUUCGAAGGAUGCUUAAAAUGAAGCCUCAAAAUGUGUCCUUAUUUCUCUGCGCUGUUAAGGAUAGAACGAAUGGAUCCUUAACAGCCGAGGCUAUCCCAAGAUUCAUUGCGUGCCUGUAACGGCUUAAUAUAGUUGGAUAUUUUAAAAUAAGCAUUUAAAACCUUCAUUGACAAAAGUGUGUAUUUAGCAGAAAAAAGUUUCUUGUCAGUGCUUUAGUAUUAUAAGUUAUGUUUUAUAUUAAUGUUAUUCUGUGUACGUUGCGUAUAUUUUUAAGGUUGAUUCAUUUGAUAUACUGUUGGUUAGUUUAAUAUACAUCAAUGUGUCAUAUUUUCUCAAAUAAAUUAUUAUUUUUCUGGUUCCAUAUUUAUUUUAAUAAGUCCGAAACUUUGUCCUGCUGAUAGGCGUGGUGGGCACAUACAGCAGGUGAUGCAAAUUAUGGAUCACCCAAAGGCUAGACCAUCUCAUUUCAGUUCUCUUCAUAGACUUCCAAGGUUGCCACCUUCAAAGACCGAGUGCUGGCCUUUUGAGGUGGCAUGACGUGUCCUUAGAAGGCCACAGCCCUUGAAUUGGGACAUAGCUACAGUCUCGCAACUCGAUGUACCACAUGUAAAAGUACCACAUUAGACCUUUAAUGGGCUAUGUGCACGGUAUUGCAUGACAUUUUGCAGUGAAAUCUCAGGAUACUCGAUUGCCUCCGCCUAUAAAUCGUUAUAGCACUAUGAUAUUCAGAAACGUUAGUUACCAAAACAGCCACAGCUAAUUUUGCUGACACUUGUUACUUUAUAUUGAUAUAACUAAUACUUAAUACCCUAAUGUCAUUUAAAUGUAUGAAAGUAUAUUUUUAACUCAUUCCCCACCAUUGACAAGAUAUCUUGUCAGUUGAGAAAAAACAUGAAAAAAAUAUCUUCCUGAUGAGUUUUAUGGUUAUCUGUAAAACCGUGAUUAUCCACUAGAUGGCACUCUCACCCAAUUUAUAAAAAACUGAAGCAAAUAAUUAUUUAUAUAUUUUACACUCUGUGUAUUUUUUGAUAAUUAUUCUGAAUCUGAUCUCUUAAUAAAAUUCCUUCACAAAAAAUGCC